AUGAAGACUAGGAGGUCUCCGUAUGAGACCCAAUGGGAUUCUAAUAACCCAUCUAACUGGACUAUAAGCAAACUGAAAGAAGAACUUAACAAAAAGGGAAUAAGAACACCUACUGGAAUGUCAAAACAAGUGUUAAAACAACUUUACAUAGAGAAUAGUAUUGAAGGAGUAACACCUAUAGAGACACAACAGACAGAGAACGUUAGUGAUGAGAUUAACACAGAUUCCUCACCAGAGAACACUGUUCCGAUUAACUUGGCAGAAUCAGUGCAUCAACACAGAAGCAGUGUAUCGAAUGGCAAAAAUGAGAAUGGUGGAACAGACAGGAACAAGACUGCAGAAUCACAAAACAUAGCUCAGUGUUUUGCAGGGCUUCAAGAGACCUUCAAACAGUUAAUUUACAGAGACAAUACUCAUGACACGAGUAGAGAUCGCGAAUUCAACCUUCAACAGUGGUAUAACCAUGCAGGGAUUGGAAAUAGGAGUGAAACCUACACUUCUAACAGGGGAAAUAACAACAGUUUACAAGGAAAUACAGAGAAUGCAUCUUUCAUCUCAGGAACACAAAUUGGAAAUUUUUCAUGUGGAGUGCGUUCUGAUGAAUACUCUAAUGUGGACAUAAUAUCUCCAUCUAUUCAGAAGCAAAUCAUUGACGAUAGACAGAUUCCGCAAACUAGCUCCCAGUGCAGCACAACAUCCAAUGAAGUGCCCAAGCAGCUCAGAUGUAAUAUGGUCUUAAAUAAAGCAGUGAAUGAACUUUGGAACAGUGCUAUUGCUAAUACUACAAGAACUGUUUAUGAUACUGGGUUUAGAAAGUUUGAGACUUUUAUGUUAUUGAAUGGUUUUCAAUUUACUAGUUUACCUCCUAUUUCUGAGGAUAUUUUAAUUUAUUUCAUAGCCCACUGCUUUAAAAUUCUGAGUUUACAAUACUCUACCAUUAAACUAUAUUUAUGUGGAAUUAGGUAUAAGUAUGUACAGGGUAAUCAUAAUGAUCCCUUGCAAUCUGCUAAUAAUACACCUUUAAUUAGGCUUGAUUAUGUUUUAAAUUCUGUAAAAAGACUGCAAAAAACAAAAAAUCACAUAAGAUUACCAAUAACUUUCGAAAUUUUGGAGAAAAUUGUAAAUUGUUUGAGAAAAGGUUUUUGUUCCAAGUUUACUGAUUUGAUGUUAAGAACUGCAUGCAUUGUCGCAUUUUAUGGAUUUUUGAGAUGUGGAGAGUUUACAGUGUCAAAGGCCUCACAAUUUGAUCCAGAUAUAAAUUUAUGUAUUGAAGAUGUUGUUUUUCACACAGACUUAGUAGUUUUGAAAUUAAAACAAUCAAAAACUGAUCCUUUUAGAAAAGGCAUAAAUAUACAGCUACAUAAAUUAGGUCAGCUUAUCUGCCCUUACACAAUUUUGUUAGAAUAUAUACAAAUAAGGAAGGAAUUUUCUCCUAUCAAUCAAACUGAUCCACUUUUCAUAACCAUUGAUAAAAAACCUCUGGAGAGACAAUAUUUCCUCACCUGUAUUAAAAAAGUACUGGAUAUAUGUGGCUUCAACUCAAGUCAUUAUAAUGGUCAUAGUUUUAGAAUUGGGGCAGCCACUAGUGCUGGUAAGGCAAAAAUAGAAGAUCACUUGAUAAAAACAUUAGGGCGCUGGUCUUCAGAUAGUUACAUCAGAUACAUUAGAGUCACGCCAGCAUCUAUUAAAACAGCUCAAAGUAGGUUAGGUAGAAUUUAAAGGAAUGCUCAUCUUCAAAUGUUUCAUAUAUAUAUGUAUGCAUGUUUUCACAAAGUUUCUGUAUGAUAUUGUUUUUGUUUGACAAUUGAUUUUGAUAAUGUGUUAUUAUAAUGUGAUUACUUUUAGUUUUUUUUUUUUUUUUUUUUUUUCUCAUGGCUUUAUUGAAGGUACCCCGUCCCUUACCUCACAAAUCCUUGGGGACACUCAGCUGUUACCAUCUGUGUUAUGGACAUUUAUGAAAUUUUAUCACUGGUUGUUUCAAAAAUUUCACUCAUCCCCCAAGAAUUUCUGGGGAUAAACUGUCAAAUUUCAUACAAAUUCAUUCCAACACCAAUUCAACAUCAACACUACUAGGCUUCCUCAUAGCCUCCUUAUAGGCUUCCUCAUAGCCUCCUUAUAGGCUUCCUCAUUGCCUCAUUAUAGGCUUCCUCAUAGGCAUGAUAGCCUCUAGGCAUGAUAGCCUCAUAGGCUUCCUGAUAGCCUCACGCAUUUAUUUUGAACCAUCGUUCCAAUUGGAUUGGUGUGAUGUCAAGCCAGGGGUCUAUACUUUGCUACUUUUCAGUAUGCACAUAGCUAGGCUCUUGGUUUAGGCAUGGAGCAAAAAAUUAAAUUUUUUAGCUGAGUAGAUUCCCCAAGGGCCAAAUUAGUGAUGUAUAUAUAUAAAAUAAAAGUUUUAAUUCAAUUAUGAUUUAUGUUUAAUUCAAACAUGGAUACCACUGGCAUUGCUACACAAUAUUUCCCAGGAGUUUAUUUACAAGAUAGGUUAUGACAGGAAAAAAUUAGGUUGAUAAUAAUGUUGAUGUGAGCACUAAAUCCUUAAUUUUACAUAUCAUGAGUUCAAAUGGUGAGUUCUGAAAGAAAUCAGGGGUAAUUAAAUUAUUUAAAUUACUAUGAACUCAUUAUGUGUGACUUUGAGGAUUUUGUUCACUGACACAUUUAUUAGCAAAAGUCGAAAUAUAGGACAGAAAGUUACAUCAGGAUGGUUUAAUUGUCAGGUCAAAGAAAUUUGCAAGAAGGUAUCAGGUUGGAUGUUUACUCAGGUGUUAACACACAUUUCCCUAUUACAUAACAGACUAACACUUACCAAAGAAAAGAUACAGUAUAAACAACAGACAAUUAAAAUAAGAUUAGUACAACAUCACAUCAAACAUAAAUUAAUUUACCCUAAAAAUAUUUACAAAGAAUCAGAACACAAUGCAAACAUGGAACAAAUGACAAUUAAACAUAUUCAGGACCUUUUCUGAGAAUUUUGU